CAUACUUUUCUCCUCCCCCCUUUCUCUCUCUCUCUAUCUCUUCAGAGAAAAGCACUCUGAGCUGUAAUCGUCGUCGUAUCCAAAACUGAAGAUCUGUAGAACUCUGUCAAUUUAUCUCCCCUGCUUCGGAUAUCCCCUGCUUGGAUUUCCGUUACACGCAAUUCUUCUGUGGUAGCGGGCUGAGCGGAAUUGGGCUUUGAUUGGCGUGGAUAUGGCGAGCCGGUUCAAGGAGGACGAGAAGAACGAGAGAGCUAUUCGGAGUCUACUCAAGCUGCCGGACAACAGGAGGUGUAUAAACUGUAAUAGCUUGGGGCCUCAGUAUGUCUGCAUCAACUUCUCGACAUUUAUUUGUACAAACUGUAGUGGCAUUCAUCGGGAGUUUACACACAGAGUAAAGUCAGUCUCCAUGGCUAAGUUUACUUCACAAGAAGUCAGUGCACUACAAGGCGGUGGAAAUGCAAGUGCAAAGGAAAUUUAUUUGAAGGAGUGGGAUCCACAGCGCAAUUCUCUUCCCGAUGGAAGUAAUGUGGAGAGGCUUCGUGAUUUUAUUAAGCAUGUCUACGUGGAUAGAAGAUACACAGGCGAGAGAGGGUUCCCGAGAGGAAAGGGUGAAACUGAGGACAUAAAUGAGAACAAGAGGGUGGAUACUUACCCGGGUAGUGCACAAAGCUCAGGUGGACGAAGCCCUGGAUAUGAUCAGGAAAUCCGGCAGAACACUGAUCACAGGAAAAGUCUUGGUAGUGGAGUAAUAAACGAUUGGAGACGGGAGGAUAGAUUUGGGAAUGACAGGAGAUUAGAAGGAAGUCGAAGUUUUGAUGGUGGUUCUAAGGUUGAUAUCAAGUCACCUGAUCGUCGAAGUGAUUUAGGCACACCCAGCCCCCCAAUGGUUCGACCAGUACGAGAUAUUCUUGGAGACAAUACUUCCCCACUUCGAGUUAUUGAACCUCCAAAGGUUUCUGUUGGUGCCCGGCAAACUGAUGCUCCUGCUCGAACUCAGAGGUCUGCUUCCUCCACCAGUUUGGCAUCAUCAAAUAGCAACUCAACGGAAAUUAAGGCAGAACCUUCACUAAUUGAUUUUGAAGCUGUUCCUGAACCCUCUCCAGCUGUUGGAGUGCAACAAACACAACAAUUAACAAAUGCUACACCUGUAAUGCAACCAACUUCAUCUGGUGUUGACAAUUGGGCAAAUUUUGAGUCACAACCAGUGAAAGCACCUUCAAAUGCCAAUCAGCUGGAUGUACUUUCAAAACUGAUGAGUCCUGCACCCGCCCCUGCGCAGAUGGGUGGGAACCCUGCAAGUUCAGCUCCUGUUGAUUUUUUUCCAGCUUCUGGAAGUUCACCUAUUCCAUCUGAUGUUACUCACUUGAGUAGUUUUGGUCCAAGUUCAUUUCCUCCCGAACCAACAUCCUUAUUGCAAGUUGGGAGUACUGUCUCUUUGACCAGUGCUGCUGGACGGAGUGGAGGGCAAUGGCCCAGCAUGCAACCUCAGCAUCCUUCUCUCCCAUUGGGCACAGGGACCCAAUCUCUCCCUCAUCACUCAAUUCCAGUUUCCGGUGGACUUCCUAACAAUCAGCAGUGGAAUCCUAUAGCCCCCUCUGGAAUUUUGAACACAUCAAGUGCUCAAGGUCCUCAAGUUGUAUCUGAGCAUGCCAUGGAUCCAACUUCUAGAACUGCUGCCCCUGCAGUUGAUGUUAAAUCCGGCGGGAGAAAAGAGCUUCCUGCAGAUUUGUUUGCUGCCACCUAUCCAUCCAUUCAUGCACCAGUACAAGGCUGGUAUGCUGCUCCACAGCAUGGACAUGGGUUCUCCAUGCAAUAUAAUAAUAUGCAAAUGCAGACACAUACCCCUAUGCAGCCGGUAAAAUCGUCAAAUCCCUUUGAUACAACCAAUGAGCCAUCUCCUUUACAAGCUUCAACAUUCCCAUCAGUGGCUUCGUUACAAGGUGCAUUACCAAACUUGGGCGCUCCAGCCGGUUUUAUCCACACGUCCCACCAUGGGACUCCACAAAUUUAUCAUCCACACAUCAACAUGCCCCAACAGCCACCCUCUUAUCUAUCGGCACACCCUCCAAAUUCAUAUAUGGGCCAACACCUGGCAGCUAGUCUGCCACAAAGACCGUAUAACCCAGCAGGGUAUGACCUCGGCGCUGCUGCUUUUGCAACCACGAACACCAACCAGCAGAUCGGUGGACUACAUGCAGCAGCUACACCUGCCCAGAAUACAUUCUCUCCUGCCGGGAACCCCUUUGGGUGAAAGUCAAUUGCCGUUCCCGAUUUUUGACAUGAGCUUCUUCUUGUUGCUUUGUGUAGGUAAAAUGAAUUGUUACUAAUACAAUAUAUAUAUAUAAAAUAUUAUAUUAAUCUAUAGAUAUUGGGGUCGAUACGAAGUGGGGAUUGCUAGCUUCUGUAACUGCCCGGCACUGAAGGAGCAAACUAAAAUUAAAGCACAAAAAAAAUUGAUCCAUGGGGGCUAGCACAGCACAGUGCGUAUUCAUUCUUCUUGCCAAAUCAUUUCAUUUUGUGCUGCAACCAUAUGUGUAUUAUUGUUGUAAUAGUUUUUGAAGGCCAUCCAUUUUGGCAUUUUCCUCUCUUUUUUCUCCCAUUUAUAUUCAUUUGAAUUGAUUUCAAAAUAGGCCUUUUGGUAUUCAUGCCAUUUGUAUCAAGUUUCUUUGAGUGGUCAGAUUUAAUCAGUACAGUUUUCGUUGUUGUUUUAUCAAUAAGUUUUUGUGGAACGCAAUUGUGCUUCAAAAAUUUUGACAUGUGUCACUCUUUAAGCUCUAUUUUUUUGACACCUAAGGUGGACACGCGUCGUUCGUUCAUAUGUGGAGAUUUUCUUCGGCGAGAUUCUUCCCCAAUUAAGCUAAUUGCUUUCCAAAAUUAUUCUUCCCCAAUUAAGCACCUCUUCUUCACCAAAGGUUCUUCUGAUGUUAACUGAAAGUUGCCGGAGAAGCAGCAGGUAGAGAGCAUAUAUUUUAUAAUUUGUAUUAAUUUACUGCUGGUGUAGUUGGGUUUGGUGUUGCUAGAUUAGUUUACGAGCAUUCAAGCAAUCCAGUUUCUUACUUUUAUCACUUCUUUUGCUAACUCUCAACGUCAAAUGUAUAUUUCCCUUUUUUUUGUUUCCAUCUCAAAUCCCCUAGAGUUGUGUAAGGCCAACAAAUUCAAUUGGGAUGACCUUUGUGAAUGCACAUUUAAGUAAGAAAAGCUCAUUUUUGGG